AUGGUGGCAAUUGAAUUCAAAGUGUCCGAAUCUGGAAGGGCGCGACCUGAGAAGAAUCCCAAACUCGGUUUUUUCGUUUACCUACUUGGAUCUGCUGCUAUUAUUGGUGGCUUCUUGUUUGGAUAUGACACAUCGGUGGUGUCGGCUGCAAUGCUCUAUGUACCAGAAGCUCCAGGAUUGAAACCUAUGGGAACAGUUUGGAAAGAAGUAAUUGUUAGUAUUACGCCAGGCAUGGCCGCUGUUGGUGCAUGGUUUUCUGGUGCUGGCUCAGAUCGUUAUGGCCGAAAACCAAUCAUAAUUGGAUCCACCAUCAUUUUCAUUGCUGGAGCAGCAAUUUGUGCAGUGGCAUGGACCAAAAUAGUUAUGCUAAUUGGAAGAAUCUUCUUAGGAGUGGGAAUUGGAUUCGCUUCCAUGGUAGUACCUGUGUAUCUCGGAGAAGCGUCACCAACUCAUGUCAGAGGUGUUCUUGUAUCGGCAUUCGCUAUGAUGAUCAGUUUUGGACAAGUCGUCGCUAACGUGAUGGGAGGAAUCUUCAGUUACUGGGAACCAUACACUAUUGGAUGGCGAUUGAUGUUUGCAUUUGCUGGAAUCCCAGCUCUGAUUCAAUUUGUUUGCUUCAUUUUCUUGCCAGAAACCCCAAGAUGGCUUUAUGAAAAUGGGCAGACUGAAAGAGCCAAGCAAGUUUUGGAAAAAAUCUAUAGUGGAGACGAGGAGUGGAUUGAGUAUGAACUGGCGGAGAUUGAAACAUAUGCUGAGGAAAGAAAGAAACAAAUGGAAGAAGAAAAGAAAUCGGGUCCUGUCAUCUGGCGUAUCCUGAAAACCCCGCAUGUCCUGAAAGCUUGUUUCAUCGGAAGCAUGCUUCAAGCUUUCCAACAAUUGGCUGGUAUCAACACAAUUCUCUACUACACUGCCGAUAUCAUCCGUUCUGCUGGUAUCGAAAACUACCAUACAAUCAUUUGGAUUUCCGUGAUACUCUCCGUCUGUAAUCUGAUUGGCCCUUUCAUUCCAAUGACUCUUAUUGAAAAACUGGGUCGUAGAAAGUUGUUCCUCUUCUCAUGUGCUGGUGUCGUUGUAUCCCUUGUGCUCAUCGGUGUUUCCUUCUUGCUUGUUGGUAACGAUUCCGCACCCAAUUUCGAGAUGUCUUCUUACUCACUGGCUGGGAGCUAUGACCCCACCCACGUAGAAGCGGAAUCCUGUCGCAUACUCUCCAACUGUGAUAGCUGUGUCACCUCCGAACAUUGUGGAUUUUGUGAGGAUUCGGAGACACGCACUGGCUUCUGUCUACCAGUUAAUCACAACGAUCCUACGCUAUACUCAUCGACUGGAUUGUGUACAAAUGGAGUGGAUAAGAGCAACUCCAGUUUUCCAAAUGCAACCUCUUACAUGUGGCAAAAACAUCACUGCACUACUUCCUACACGAUCCUCCCAAUUGUGAUGAUGGGCCUCUACCUUCUCACAUUCUCCUCCGGUUUUACAUCAUUGCCGUGGGUGCUGAACUCAGAAUUCUAUCCAAUGUGGGCCAGAAGUACAUGUGUCUCAAUCUCCACACUGUCCAACUGGGUGUUCAACUUGCUCGUCUCACUCACAUAUUUGUCACUGACACAUGCCAUCACUAAAUAUGGUGCAUUUUGGUUAUACGCUAUAUUCACUAUCAUCGCUUUUAUUUUUAUCUAUUUCCUAGUGCCGGAGACUACUGGAUAUUCUAUUGAUGAGGUUGAAAUGCUGUUCAUGAACAAACGUCAACGCAACAUUGCCAUGCAAAUUCGUCAAGCAAAGCUGGAAAAUGGCAAAGAUAAAGACAAAGAAACCAAUAAUAACUCAUCUAAUUCCCUGUCCACUGAGACUAUAACAAUGUAA